CAAACCCUUUAAUUAUCUCAUUCGAAGGGGCAAGUGGAACCUACACUGGUUGUACUGAUUUGGCAUAUACACAAGCUGUUUCAGAUGGUGUAGAUGUUCUUGACUGUCCCGUUCAAAUGACAGAGGAUGGAAUACCAUUUUGCUUGGGCUCUAUUAACCUUAUUGAAAGAACCACAGCUGCUGAAUCAAGUUUCAGCAACCGUACAGCAAAUAUUCCAGAACUUGGAAUAGUCAAUGGAAUAUUCACCUUUGAUCUCACCUGGAGCCAGAUUCAAAGUUUGACACGUUCUGGGUCAGGUUUAGACCCAGCUGGUCAAUCGGCAUCAAGUUAUUCUGUAGCAUAG